AUGAAGAGUCCUCCCUUCCUUCCAAUUGGAAGCAUAAUUCACGAUAGAGACACAGACGAGUCCUUUGAAAUUACAGCCAUGAUAGGGCGAGGGGGAUUUGCACAGUGUUUUUCUGUUCGCAGCAUGAAAACUCAGCAGGAUUUUGCGGCCAAAAUAAUUAAGAAAUCUGAGCUUAUUCGGGCCAAAAACAAGCAGAAGCUGCUUUCUGAAAUUAAGAUUCAUCUAUCAGUAAACCACAAAAACAUUGUGAAGCUGUUUACAUACUUUGAAGACAAAGAGUUUGUCUUUCUCAUUAUGGAGAUAUGCCGCAACAAAAGCAUGAUGGAUCUUUUAAAGAAAAACAAGUCGAUCGAUGAAAAAUAUGUGCGCGUGUUUUUGCUGCAGAUUAUUUCUGCUCUGGACUACUUGCACAGAGAGUGCUCGGUCGUCCACCGGGACAUGAAGCUAGCCAACUUGUUCCUGGACGAUGGAUUCAACAUAAAGGUGGGGGACUUCGGGCUGGCAGCCGUUAUAGAUAGGGAGGAGAGGAAGAAGACGAUUUGCGGCACCCCAAACUACAUUGCGCCGGAGGUUCUUUUUGGGGCAGAAAGCGGGCACUCCUUUGAGGUGGAUAUUUGGUCGGUUGGGGUUGUGCUGUACACUAUGAUUGUGGGGAAGCCGCCCUUCCAGAAGGAUGAGGUGAAGGAAAUAUACAAGUGCAUCAAAACAAACAGCUAUUCGUAUCCAGACGGGUGCCGGAUAUCCAACGAGGCCAAAAGCCUAAUAAAUGGCCUGCUGGAGCUUGACCCGCAGAAGCGGUACACGCUAGAGCAGAUAUACAACUCGAAGUUUGUUAGAGCAGGGAGCUUGGGCGCACUGAACACAAAGUUGGCCCCGGGCCCAGGAGUGCCCGUCCACGGGCAGCCCAGCCAAGAGAACAUGGCAAAUCAAAACUGCGCUGUGAAUAUAGAAGCAGGGGUGCCAAACUCUCGCGGCGCGCAGACCCAUCCUGCCGCAUACACAAGCGAAAGCGCGCACAUGAAUAUGCAUAGAAGCCAAGCAAGCAAGAGCGCGGCCAGGAGCGAGCCGGCAGGCGCUACUAUACGAAGCCCGCAGGUAAAAAUGGGGCUUCUUUCUUCUGUUCACAUGACAGCACUGUCUCUUCUAAGCGCGUACAAGGCUGCAGAGGUUCCCGUGAGUAGAGAGUGCACAGAGGACUUUGUUAUACACACGAUAGACUACACCGACAAGUAUGGGCUUGGGUACAUUUUGGCAUCGGGAACUGUCGGAGUGCUGUUCAACGACUGCACUUCGCUGGUCCUGCGGAGGUCGGCGGUUGACGCCGCCCGAAGAAGGCAGGACCGAUACGACUUUGAAUACUUUGAGCAUAAAGUGUACGGGGCCCAAAAAAUCAUUACAAAAGAAAAAUACACCACGGGGUCUGUUACUGGAAAGCUGGACAAGAAAGUUCUUCUGAUUGGGCACUUUAUCCAGGGCCUUUUUCGAAAGCCGCACAGCAUUAUCCGGGCCGAGGACCACGCCACCUUUGUUAUUAAGCAUGUGAACUUUGCCAGGGGCCCAGUUCUCAGACUCAGCAAUCGUGUUAUUGUGUUUAUAGUGGACGGAAGAGUUCUUGUUUUCUAUGGCGAGGGAAAACACAUAUACUAUGAGGGCAAGCCGUUCGUAGAAAGGGAUGUUCUAAUAUACUGCCAGGAGGUGCUCUCGAUUCUCCUUCGAAAGUAG